ACUGCAGAAAGAGUUAAAUACUGAGACCAACACCUGAGAUCUUCAAACUGGGGUGUGAAGACUGUCUGCAGUAGCACAGAAAUAGUUUUUUUGUUUCUGGUUAUAACUUUACACCCAAGCAAACAUGUCCUUCUUCAAGAAAUUCUUCAAAGAUGUCAUCCGUAAAAACACAGACCCCGAAGAUGACACCGUUAAUGUGAAGGGUAAACCCAAACCCAAGUAUUAUGGAACAGUCGCCCCGUAUCCCAACUUCAAUGCCAGCCAAGAUGCCUCCACUCUUCAGAGCGCCAUUGAAAGUAAAGAAGUGGACGAGGAUGUGAUCAUCGCCAUCCUGGUGAAGAGAAGCAGCGAGCAGAGACAGAAGAUCAAAGUAGUUUAUGAAGCGUCCACUGGGAAGAGGCUGGAUAAAGAUCUGGAGUCUGUUCUCAGGUCAGAUUUAGAGGACGUAUCUCUGGCCAUGCUCAUGGAUCCCAGUCACUUUGAUGCCUACCUGCUCAGGAAGGCCACAAAGGGUUUCGGCACACAUGAAGACGUCCUGGUGGAGAUUCUGGCUACAAGAUCAAACCAGAAGAUUCGAGAGAUCAAGAGGGUCUUCAAAGAAGAGUACGAAACAGAUCUGGAGAAAGUUAUUGAGGAUGAAACCAGUGGUGACUUCACCUCGGCCCUUCUGGCCAUGUUGGAAGCAAACAAAGACGAGAGCAAGGAAGUCGACACCAAUCUGGCCCGAAAGGACGCAGAGAUUCUGUUUGAGGCAGGUGAGAAUACCAAAGGAAUCAAUAUUUCUGCCUUCAUCGACAUCCUGACCAAGAGGAACGCGAAGCAGCUCGCAAAGAUGUUCCAGCACUACGCCACCGUCAGUGACGUCACAUUGCCUAAAGCCCUGGACAUGGAGCUGAAGGGAGACAUUGAGGAUUGUCUCAUUGACAUUGUGAAAUGUUCCUGGAACACACCCGCUUUCUUCGCAGAGAAGCUCCAUCUGGCUAUGAAGGGCCACGGCACAUGUGAUGACACACUGAUCAGGGUGCUGGUGAGCCGCUCUGAGGUCGACCUGAAGAAGAUUGUGGAGGAAUACAGGGCCAUGUAUGAUUUCAGCUUACAGGAGGACAUACUGAAAGACACUAAAGGACAUUAUGAGAAAAUCCUGCUUCAACUGUGUGGACCUCACUGAAAUUCUGUUGAAACCACUUGUCUGGAAGUGGAGGCCAGCUUGUCCAUUGGAUGCCACUGAAAUCUCACAUCUUUUAAAAUGAUUUUGAAUAACGUCUGUGUAAUUGAUUGAGUUGAUGUAAUCCAACCAGCAAUAAAGAACAUCUCAUAGACUUCCUGUAU